GAAAUCAGAUGCUCGAGGAUUCAGUCUAUCAUGUAUCCAGUCCGCAUGCGCAGAGCUGGUGGAGAGAAAGUGACUCCGGGACUUCUGCCAGAGAGCACACGAACUUCCUUCGUUUUCUGACAGAUGAAUGUCGAUAUAAAUUCGACACAACGCUCCUCGAACCGAUGAAUGUCUUUAACGCGCGCAUGGUAACUUGUUAUAAACUUCAACAUAUCGUGUGCAUCGUUACAUAACGCGUUAGCAGCAGAGAUGAGAGACAUUUUGGGAAUGGCGCUGGCGCUCGUUAUCCUGCGAGUUCGUGCUGAGAUCGUAAAUAACGGAUUUUGCGCGGAUGGGAAGUGUUUUAGUAUCCACGCAGACAGGGUCAAUUUUGCCACGGCGAACGGCAUUUGUAAAGUUCGAGGAGGACAAUUGAUGACCGUGCGCACUGAGAAAGUGAACGAUGUUUUGAGGGAUCUGCUGGAAACAAUUACUGGAAACUUUUGGCUGGGACUUGAAUACACCAGUGGUCUGUGUUCUGGCUCUACUGUCGGGUUAAAGGGAUACAGGUGGAUCACCAAAGACAACAAAACCAACUUCACCAACUGGAAAAAAAGCGAUGAGGUCUGUUCCCCAAGAUGCGUGUCAGUCUCCAACGACGCACUGAAAUGGCACGAAUGGGCAUGCGACAAAACCCUAGAGGGUUAUUUGUGUGAAUACACGAUCACUAACUACUGUGCCCCGCUGGGCACGGGUGCGUUAUACGAAACCCAUUUUGGAAUCACGAGUAAUGCCCUCCAAAACGUUCCUGAAGGCAGCAUCGGGACCGCGCAGCCCCUGGGUACGCGGCACGUUUGUGUGGGGGACGGCUCUUGGCUUAAGGCACCGUGGAGUUGUGAAGUUUUCCAGGGAGGUUGUGAAUAUGAAUGCGUUAAGAAUGCACAGGGACCCGAGUGCACGUGCCCGCCCGGUUAUAAACUCGACAACAACAUGGUCACAUGCACUCCUCAUCAGGACGAACCGAGCGCGCAGUCGAAACCCGUCUGUGGCCCGGGGUUUACACGGAACGCGGAUGGGAUAACAUGUGAUGACAUGGACGAAUGCAGCGAUGAGAGCGCCUGCCCUGGUGCGAACAAACAGUGCGUAAAUACGCGUGGCAGCUUUGAGUGUCUAUGCAAACCCGGCUUUAAGAGUGUGCGUGGAGAUUGCGUGGACGUGGACGAGUGUGUUUCCGGGCCCUGUGAACAUGAAUGCACCAACACCGAAGGCGGUUAUCACUGUACAUGUUUUGAUGGAUUCAUACAAUCGACGGAAGACAUGCACAAAUGCAAUUUGCACUGUACUGAAGCUGAAUGCCCCGCGCAGUGUGACCCCAAUAACAACGCCCAGUGUGACUGCCCCGAAGGUUUUGUCCUUGAUGAACAGCGUUGUGUUGAUAUAGACGAAUGCGAGAGCGAUCAGUGUGAUCAGAAGUGUGAAAACACCUUUGGAAGUUAUAAAUGCUCCUGUAAUGAAGGGUUCAUUCUUCAAAAGAACGGAAAAUGUGAGGAUGAUUAUUUUGAGGGCUCAGGCACCUCGGGACCUUUUGAUACAUUUACUCCCACCAGUAGACCUCCGACAGACAAACCAGUGUUGCUUUCAGCCGGCAGUCUGUUGGGAAUAAUGGUUUGCACGGUCAUGUCUGUUGUUGUACUGGUUUGCCUCGUGCGCUGCAUCACGAGACAUCGCAGUAAAACGCAACAAGUGACGAGUUACGAUCUGCAAAAAAGCCACACGGACAUCUACGAUUUUCAACAGGUGAUCACUGAAAAAAAUACACAACUGUCCUUUCCAGACAGAUAUUUAAAAAGAGAAAUCUAAAACCAGACACAAACUGAAGAAUGUAGGACUACAUACUGGAAUGCAUGCGUUUAUUAUUUUUUUAAUAGCCUAAAAAAUAUUUUGGAUGCAGUUUCUGAGAAUGUGAGAAGAACUAAAGCAUUGCACAAGUUUGAAAAUGACAAUACUGACAGUGUUAUGAAAUGAAGAGAAUAAAUAUAUUAUUUUCAUAUUUAAAACGUGUAGACUUUUAAGAUGUCAAAUAAAUCUUUUGUUUUUUUAGCUCAAAAUGCCAUAUAUAUAUAUAUAUAAUUUAUUAGAAUAUGUAAAAAUGUGCUACGUUGUAGGUGUGAGCAAAAAAUAUUUAUAAUAUAAUAUUUGUGGGUGUGUCCUUUUACAUGCAAAUGAGCUAAAAUGCAAACACUGAUCACCAUGGUUUGUUAAAAUUGAAACUUUAUUGUGCUGUCAAUUAUUUUCUCUCUCUGUCUCUGCACUAAAUGGGAGUGUCGUGGUUGGAUUAAGGGGCGGUAUUAUUAUAAUAAGAUCCCCUUCUGACAUCACAAGGGGAGCCGAAUUUCAAUUACCUAUUUUACAUGCUUGCCAUGGUUUACUGGGUUGAUCUUUUUCAUUUGUUGACAGCAAUUAUAGUACUUAAACAGAUUUUCAUGAUAUGUCCCCUUUAACACUGUGUUUCUUUUUGAACAAGCUCAGCAAUAAUGCUUAAUAUGCUAACUAGGAAGAUCACUUCGAAAUUAUUUAAUUUUAACUCUCUUCUUAUAUUGUUGGCAGCUGUUUAUCUCCUACAAACUGCAGAGUUUCUGCUUUGACGAGUUAGUGGAUGUCGCCCUCUUCUGGGCAUUCACUAAAUUACAUCAUAUAAUUUAUUAAACUAUGACUAUAACUAGCUUUUUAAAAUCUGAUCUUUAACGUCUCAAUGUAAAUCCCAGUGAAUGAGUCCUGUAAACCUUCCAGACACUGGAGUUCACAUAGUUUGAGUAAAUACUUAGUUGUGGUGUAAACUCAACUUUUCUCUUUAGUACACCGCGUUACAAAUUAUUAUGUACGUGCCAUUUUGUUUAUUUUUUUCAAUACAGUCAGUAAGUUUACAAAUGUUAUUUUACCCUCAACAGUUAUGUGGAUGUUAUUCUAUUUAAAUGAAAUAAAUAUGUCAAAAGAUAUUUUAAUACUUUGAAAAAUAUGCUGUUCCAAAUUAAUAUGCAGAAUGCACUUUAACCAAAUGUAUAAUGAUAUAAUGGAUUAUAAUGAUCCAAAAACAGAUAUCUGUCAAAUGUGCUGCAUUGACACAAAACAAACACAAUGUAAAAUAAAUAAUGUAUUUACACAA